GGUGCCUAUCCGGCUGGUCCCAGGUGGGGACCUGGAGCUUGUCCAACCACUGACUUCGUCACCGUCAACACCUCUCACUCAUUCCCAUCAUCAACCAACUUCAGCGAGCCGACCCAACCUCCAGGCCCCCUGUUUGUCGAAUUCAAAUCAGACGUCUAGUAGUGCGCAAGACGCAUAGCCACCCUCCACGCCUCCAACUGCCGACUAUGCGCCUGUGAGGCCGUGACAAUAUGGCCCUGGAUCUCCAAGAUGGCUUCGUCGCCGCCAAUGGCGUCCCAGACCUCGAAGAACCUAUUUUCACCAUAGAGCGCGUCCAGCUACAGUUCUCAGUAGCCGCUGAUUUUGUUGCUGCGCAGGUUGCCAACAACGUCAUCGUCCUCGCCCUUUCCAACGGACGCAUUCUCCGUAUUGACCUGGAACGACCCGAGGAUAUUGACGGUGAGCAGUUGAGCGACGUGUCAUGCGGCUAGUCAUGGUGACUGAUAUCGCAACGUAUAGAUAUCGAUCUUCCCAAAAAGCCAUCCGAGAUUGGCAUGAUACGGCGCAUGUUCCUCGACCCUACAGCAUCACAUCUAAUUGUUUGCACCGCGCUUGGCGAGAAUUAUUACCUCCAUUCCCAGUCAAAACAUCCUCGGCCACUUGGGCGCCUGCGAGGAGUUUCGAUCGAGAGUGUGGCAUGGAACCCUUCGUUGCCGACAGCGUCGACGCGCGAGAUAUUGAUUGGUGCAUCCGACGGCAACAUUUACGAAGCCUUUAUUGAGACGUCAAAGGAGUUUUACAAGAAGGAGGUGAAGCACCUGAAGAAUCUACACAAACUUCCUGACGGACCAAUUACAGGAUUAUGGGUGGACAAUCUUCAGAAUAACAAGUCAGACCUUCGGCGGGUUGUGAUAGCUACUCAGACACGCUUGUUUCACCUAGUCGGAAGGAUAGGUUUUGGGCAUGAUGGUUCAGGGUCUGUAUACACCCGAUUGUUCGAGUCAGAGCAGCCUGUCGUCCAUGAACUGUCCCGGACGACCUCAGGGGCACCUUCGAGUCUAGCGGUAUCCCCAGACCCCCCGGAUUCUGGACCAUACGAUGACGAUAUUCCUGAUAGAGCAUAUGCAUGGCUAUCGUACCAAGGCGUGUUCCACGGCAAACUCUUGAACCAGCCAGCAGACAGCAAUCUCGGGACCAAGGUCUUUUCAGAAUCACAUAUGCUCUCUAGAGCUCAGAUCCUUUCCCCCGAGAAUAGCGAAAGACGAGUCCCGACAACCGAGGCAAUCGACGCAAUCGCACUCACACAAUGGCAUAUUGUCCACUUGGUCGGGGGUCGCGUCAUUACAACGAAUCGCCUCACCGGAAAGAUGGUGUCUGAGCAUGAUGUUAUCGGUCAGGGACAGAAGCCUCUCGGGUUCUCCGUGGAUAUCCAAAAGAACACAUUUUGGCUAUUUACAUCAGACGAGAUAUUCGAGAUCGUGGUUCGAGAUGAGGAGCGCAACAUCUGGGAAAUUAUGACAAAACUGAAAGAGUUUGAGCCAGCUCUGCAGCAUGCUCGAACACCGCUUCAGAAGGAAACCGUCGCGGCUGCUUACGGUGACCACUUGGCCAAGAAUGGACACUGGCUCGAGGCUGCUACUGUCUAUGGCCGCAGCAACAAGCCUUUUGAAGAUAUCGCACUGAGCAUAAUCGACAAUAAUCAACCAGAUGCCUUGAGGAAGUUUUUACUAACGAAAUUAGCCUCGCUCAAGAAAUCAGCAGUGAUGCAGCGGAUGAUGAUCGCGGGAUGGUUGAUCGAGGUCUUUAUGUCCAAACUCAACACGCUGGAUGAUACCAUAAACACACAGGCUGAGCCGUCGGAGCACCUCAACUCAACUGAAUCACGCAAACUCCUCGAGUCCGUGAGGAAAGAAUUUAGAGAUUUUGUCGACAAGUACAAAAACGACCUCGACCGGAAAAUGGUCUACGAUGUCAUCAGCAGCCACGGCCGUGAGGGAGAACUUCUAUACUUUGCCAAUGCGGUUAACGACUACAACUAUGUUCUUUCUUACUGGGUACAGCGAGAGAGAUGGAAUGAGGUCCUGAAUGUUCUCAAGAAACAGACGGAUCCUGAAGUCUUUUACCGAUAUAGCAGCGUGCUCAUGACAUAUGUAGCGCCCGAGUUGGUUGAGAUUUUGAUGAGGCAUGCUGACUUGAAGCCUCGAAGUCUCAUACCAGCCUUUCUUGAGUACAACCGGACAUUCUCGGGAGGCCCCAAUGCACAGAACCAAGCUAUCAGAUACCUCAACUAUGCGGUUUACCAGCUAAACUCGAAAGAUGCUGCUGUACACAACACUCUAGUCUCGAUUUACGCUUCUCACUCCUCCAAGGAUGAAUCGGGGCUUUUAUCCUACCUACAAGCACAAGGUGAUGAGCCGCGUUACGACCCAGAUUUCGCGCUUCGACUUUGCAUUCAACACCACCGAACAUUAUCUUGCGUUCAUAUCUACACCAGCAUGGGGCAGUAUCUUCAAGCAGUGGACUUGGCGCUUUCUCAUGGUGAAGUUGAGCUAGCAGCAGUUAUUGCAGAUCGACCCAUGUCGAAUCCUCAACUGCGCAAGCGAUUGUGGCUUGCCGUGGCCCGAAAAGUCAUUUCCCAAUCGAAUGGAAUCAAGACCGCCAUUGAGUUCCUCAAGCGGUGCGACUUGCUCAAGAUCGAGGAUCUCAUUCCUUUCUUCCCUGACUUUGUUGUUAUCGAUGACUUCAAGGAGGAGAUUUGCGCCGCGCUGGAAGAUUACAGCCGUAAUAUUGAUAACUUGAAGAAAGAGAUGGACGAGUCGUCGCAGACUGCAACAAAUAUCAAGGUUGACAUUGCUGCGCUCGAUCACCGAUACGCAAUCGUGGAACCUGGAGAGAAGUGUUAUACGUGCGGGCUGCCGCUCCUGAGCAGGCAGUUUUUUGUCUUCCCAUGUCAGCAUUCGUUCCAUUCUGACUGCUUGGGACGCAAGGUGCUGGAGCAGGCGGGCGUUGGAAAGUCCACACGUAUCAGGGAACUUCAGACACAGAUACAGAAGGGUUUGGUCAGUGGCACUCAGAGGGAGACUGUGGUGGCGGAGCUGGAUGCUCUUGUCGCUUCUGCUUGUAUUCUUUGCAGUGACCUUGCAAUCAAGAGGAUUGAUGAGCCUUUCAUUACGCAUAACGACAACAUCAACGAAUGGGCAUUGUAACAAGAGGAGGACGGGAACAAAGUCUGUGUGCUUGUGUUUGGCUGCCUUAUCAUUAUCUUAGAUCUGCAUAUACCCCCGCAACAUUUAUUCAGUGCAAUUGACGACAGCCUUAAUUUUAAACCUAUGGUCUAACAUGAUACCGGGCAAUCGCGGUCUGGUUUGUAUGUCUCAAUACCUGCAUUCGGUCACACCAUCGGUGGAACGAGUUAACAUAAGGAUGGACACAAUGACACCGUAUAAGCCUAGGACCUCGGCAAAGAUGAGGAUGAGAACCAUUCCGAUAUAGAGACGCGGUUGCUGCGAACUUGCACGAACUGGGGAUUGUUAGGCAUUUGUCACAAUUUGUCAAGUUUGCUGCCUUCAGUCCAUGAAUGAACAUACCUCCAGCAUCACCAACAAUGCCAAUAGCAAAGCCAGCAGCCAUGCCGCACAGCCCUACGGAAAUGCCGGCACCGAGCUGCAAGAAGGCCGUGUGGAUAGCCAUCUUCUCCUUGAUGUUGUUUGACAUGAUGACGCUUGCUACAAGACCGUAGAUGGACAGGAUCUGGGCCAUGAUGGCACACAGGCUAAAGUGUGUCAGCCACUGUUUUACCAACGUUGAGUUCAUCUCAUCGUACGUGUUUUGCAUCAUCAUGUCGGGGCGGAGGAUGCCAGAUUGGAAGAUUGCGCCGGCGGACUUUGCGGUGCCGUAUGCCGCGCCGAAAGUUGUGAAUACGAUGGAACAGGCACAACCAAGUGCGCCAAAGAAGGACUGUCCAUGACUUAUGUGAGGAGAGGUGGGUUAUUCUUUGGCAAAGGGCUACGUACGGCGUACAUGGGACUAGAAAUAUCAUGUCAGUUGAGUCUCAGUGUUUCAUAGGUUAAGAGGGAGUUGUACCAUCGGUCCAUAUUUGCAAGCAACUCAGCAUCCAUUUUGGCGUUGGUUAGUCACAGUGGAAAUUCCAGUUGAGGGUAAAAGGUGUUAUCACGGGGACAUAUGGUCAGAAGUUUGUGGUAAGCAAGACAUAUAUACUCAUGCCAAGCUGCACAGUCGGUCCAGGACGUGUAAGGCUAAGGUAUGUACACGCUGCAAUCAACAUCACUUGGUAAUAUCCGCCCCCCCCCCUCAAAAGGAUUGAUUUCAGCCGCAAAAAGACUAUUAAGCUUGUCAGCGCUUUUCUAGGCAGCCAAAAACUGACGGCUUGCACGGUUUGUGCUGGCGAUGUAGGACUGCAUCCUUAUGUGGCUUGGUAGGCAGAAGAAUAAGCUGCGUUAUAAGUGGCUGAUGGUGAACAUCCAACAUAAGAUGCAUACUCGGAGAGAGGCCUCUGCACUAGAUUCACUAACGACAUACCCCUCUGUGCCCGUGAAGCACAAUGGCUAAGGGGUAAUCUACACGAGUGUCCGUCUGGAAGCGGACGUAGAGUUCAAGCAAGCUGGGGGUUUGUGAAACCGAAGAUGUUACUGCAUGAUACAAUGAGAAACGACGUGGAACUUGGACCGAGAGUAGUAAUAUGUAUGGGAUAGAGAAUAACCACAAAAUAGGAAUCACGCUUCUCGUGAUGAUUGUUGGUGUUGAGAGCAACAUUGAUUCAAAUGCAUGGUUAUAAUGGAACCACUGUCUACCCUAAACAUACAAGAGAAAUCACAGAGCCAAUGACUCUAGAGGGGCGAGAUCUUGGCAUUUUUGAGUGGG